CGGCAGGGAAAAUGGCGGACGGAAAGGCGGGAGAGGAGAAACCUGAAAAGCCGCAGCGAGCUGGAGCCGCCGGAGGACCUGAAGAAGAAGCAGAAAAACCUGUGAAAACUAAGACUGUUUCUUCCAGUAAUGGAGGGGAAAAUUCCAGUCGCAGCGCUGAGAAGCGAUCAGCUGAAGAAGAAGCUGCAGACCUCCCAACAAAGCCUACAAAGAUCUCCAAGUUUGGAUUUGCCAUAGGUAGUCAGAUGACAAAGAAAGCCUCAGCCAUAUCCAUCAAACUUGGCUCAAGUAAACCUAAGGAAACCGUUCCAACUCUUGCUCCAAAAACCCUUUCAGUAGCAGCAGCUUUUAAUGAAGAUGAAGAUAGUGAACCAGAGGAAAUGCCUCCAGAAGCAAAGAUGAGGAUGAAAAAUAUUGGAAGGGAUACACCAACAUCAGCAGGACCAAAUUCCUUCAAUAAAGGAAAGCAUGGGUUUUCUGAUAACCAGAAGCUAUGGGAGCGAAAUAUAAAAUCUCAUCUUGGAAAUGUCCAUGACCAAGACAAUUAAAUGAUGUGUUUUGAAAUUGGGGUAUGGGGUGGGUGUAAAGUUAAAAGGAACAGUUUCCUUUUUUAAAGAAUGGUAUAAGACUAUCUUUGGAGCCGCCUUUUUUUUUUCUUUUUCUUUUUUUAAAGAUUGAGUGGUACACUAAUAAAUGAGAAUUUGAAAUUAAA